CUCUCUCCGUAGCUGGGCUGGAAGUGCGCCACGGCCCUCGUCACUCCCCUGUACGACCCGGUGGUGAAGGCCGGCCAGCCGUUCUCCAGCAUCGGGGGCUCCACGUCGGACACCUCGGGAAAGUAAGUGACGGAAGAGCAGUCCACGGAGCCGCCCAUCUCCUGCUCGUCGCCAUGGAAAGACGCGCACCGUGGCGGGGACAGAGCCGAGCUCCGGAUGAGUUGAAUCUCAUCGUCUGACAGAAAGUUUGGGACUUUCUCCGUCUGGAGGAAGCGGAGGAACUUCUCCACUCCCCCGGACAGCAGCUCCUCCAGCGCCAGCCGGUGUCUCUCGUUGUACGCGUCCUCGCCUGGUUUGGAACUGAAGGGGGACUCGUCCAGACACUGGGACAGCGCCAUCGCUCGCGACUCUCCUCUCCAGGUGACAGGCUCCCUGGAGGCUUUUAAAGCCAUCCAUGAGACUAGAGUCCUGGCGUGGCAGAAGGCAUGAAGCAACACUGUGAUGGCAUAGUGGCUGGUCCAUGACACGCAACUCCAUUCAGCCUUCUUCACUAUCCACCCGCCCUCAGUUGUCACCAUACCAGACAAUCAGCCAGUCAUUCUCGCCACCACACCAACCGCCACAAUGGCCAGCAAGAGGAAAUCCACAGUACCCUGCAUGAUACCAUCCAAGUCCAAACACGUGCGUGAGGAAAUCAUUCUGGGCUCCCUCCCAGAACUCCUACCGACAAUCCCAGAGGACAGCAUUCUCAGCAUCUCUGGCGAGGAGUCUGGCCAUUGCUCUCGCAGCUCCACCAAAUCGGAAUGUAGUGAGGUGCAGAAAGGCGGCACCUACAGUUGUCCGCUGUGCCACUUUGAGUCCCGAGAUCUCAACUACUUUUUGGACCACAUGCACAACUGCCACCUAGACUUUCGGGCCCAGCCCACAUUUUACUGCCUGAACUGCGGGGAGUCGGUGGUCCGAUUUGAGGCGCUGGCUCUUCAUAACGCCAAGGCGCACCCCAAGAUAAUGGAGGGCUCCGUGACCGCCUCCCUGACCGUCAACAUGCGGGAGGGAGUCACGACCGUGGAGCAAAGCCUCUUCACUGAGAACGGAGAAGACCACCACGAACCGGGAAUCAUCGCCACGAAGACGCCGAUCGCAAAGAUGAUGAAAGGCAAGGGAGAGCACAAAAAGAUUGUGGUUUCUCACACGGUGGAGGUACGAAAAUUGGCCAACGGAAAGGAUGUCGACCCAAGUAUACUGACUAAUGUGCCUGAACUGAAAAACGGGGCGCUCAGUCUAGCUGGCCCCCAAGCUAUGCCGAGGUCCACUGUCACCAAUCCGAUGACGACGACAGUGCCCAACCCAGUCUUUCACCAGCACACUCCCGCCCUUUACUCCCCGCCCUCUUCUGAGUACAAUAAAGACCUUCCAAAGGUGAUGAUCCCCCUCAGCAGCAUCCCCACGUAUGAUGCCGCCAUGGACACCAGCAGCUUUCUCAAAACAUCGUUUGGCAAGUUUCCGUACCCAACCAAAGCUGAACUUUGCUACCUAACUGUGGUAUCUGAGUUUCCGGAAGAACAAAUCAAACUGUGGUUCACUGCUCAGAGGCUCAAGCAGGGAAUCAGCUGGUCUCCUGAGGAGAUUGAGGAGGCGCGAAGGAAGAUGUUCAACACUGUGUUCCAAGGUGGCGCCGUUCAAAAGCCGACAGCGAGACAGCAUAGCAUAAAUCACAUAGUUUCGCACCACACCGUCACCGCUCAGCCUGGCUCAAAAGGACCAAACUUUCCGUUGGCCAAAAACCCCUUUGGCCAUUUAAAAACCCGCGCUGGAGUGGUAGCCACGCAAGCCAGCUUGUCUACGAACCCUAACGUCACGAGGGUCUCCUAUUCCACUCCGGUCUUUCCCCAGAAGAUCCCGUCUGUAGUCAGAACCACACAGGUACUGUCCAAGAACAGUCAGCCCUGCGCCGAGCCAGACAAACGCAACAAUGCCAGGAUGGACGCCGUCGGAAGCAGCUUCUGUGUGAGCAACGGUUGGAGCAGCAGUAGCAGUAGUACUUGCAGUAGCAGCAGCAUAACCAGCUAUUCCAGCAACAGUGCUGGUUUAGAGACUGUCGUCAGAAGACCCAAGAAUAACAGCAGCCCCACCGACAUUAGCAAUAACGUUAACCAUGUGGCCCAGCACGUCGGCAAAUCAAACGCCACGGUCAGCAGUUUACAGAGUGAGGUGGGAAGUUUGAACAACUCCAAAAGUCAAGAGUUCAUGGAGAACACCAGCAAAGCCAACAUCGCAUGCAACAAUCACAGCAGCGGCAGCGCACUCAGCCCCAAGGAGCCCGAUUCAAAAACAGACAAUGAAUGCAACAAUCACUUUGCCCAGACCAGUAACAGCAGCACGAGCAGUGAACAGCCCAGUAAGGACAGUGGCCCCAUCAACCAUACCAGCAAACCACAAACUGAAAGCACCAGCACCACUGUCUUUACGAAAGGUAGCCCGUCUGUGCUGCAAGAAGGCCAACAGGACAAAGAGUUUUCUAUAAAAGGCAUGUCCAUCUUGCAGCAGCUCAUCAAAGAUGACGACCUCUUCACAGGAGACAGGAGUAGCCAAGAGCCGAGACUUGACCCCAUCAAGUUCAACUUCAAGCGGCUGAAGAUGAAUGAAGCCGAGCAGACCACAGCAGAGAUUGUACACCAGGAGCCCAAAUCCGACAGUCACGCGGAGGCGCCUGCCUGCCAGCCGUCUUUCUCCCCUCCGUGGAGCAACAAGAACCCCCAGCAGCUGCAAGUCCUCCGACAGGUUUUCUCCAGCACCCGCUGGCCCAGCAGUCAGCAGUACGAAGAGUUGAGUGUUCAGACCGGCCUGCCCAAGUCUGAGGUGGUGCGCUGGUUCAGCGACAGCCGCUACAGUCACAAAAACGGACAGCUCAAGUGGCUGGAUACUUACCAGCGCGUACCGUUCGGCUCCUUCGCGGAGGAGACGCCACGUCACGCAGACGCGCAGGUGGAAUCCCCAAAAGAUUCUCCGGCGGCCAAACUGAAAUUGGGAGAACAAGUUGCGAACAAACAUCUUGAAGAAGAGACAAAACCUCACUCAGGGCAGCAGGGGGUGUGGCAGGAUUCAUAUCCCCCACUGCUGAGUCUGAUGGAGUCCAAGGGCAGCGGCGAGAGAGGCAGAGCGGAGGGUGCCGUGGCCCCGGGGGUCUCCAUGGAUUCCUGGUCAGAAGGAGGACGGGACCACCAGCAGCCGGUGGCCAACCAGACACUGAUGGAACAGCCUGAUGCCAACCAAGCCAGGGAUGGCCUGAGGAUGGAGCUGCUGGAGGUGUGAUGAAGAACAUGACGUGCAGAGGCCGGCUCACUCCCUGGCUGAUUCAUCCAAGUGUUCAUAAUGACAGCAAAUGUGAUUGUAGCUGGACCGUUGGACUCUGACUGUAACUGUGAAUACCCCUCCCAUCCUCCUCCUCCUCAUCAUUCUUCCAUCUGUCAUCACUUCCUGCCAUCUUCAAAAAAGAAAGAACUUCUCACCUCUCAGUCCUGUGAUGUUUAAGGCUUUCAUGCUUCUUAGUGGUCUUGUGGGGAGGGGGCACAACGAGGUCAGUACAAGGGAUCAAAGAAAAGAAGGAGACGACGCACACUGACUGGAAAACUGACUUGAAUGAACCAAGAGAGGCGAGGAAAGGGUGAGUGGGAGAAAUAUAUACAUAUAUAUAUAUAUCUCUUUAUAUAUAUAUAUAUGAGUGAAACUGCACUACAAAAGAAGGUUGUACUGACUGUGGAGAUGUGGAGAUGUUGUUGUUGGCUUUGUGAUAUUUUUUACUUUUUUAGCAACCAGUACUUCAGCACUGCCUUGAAUUUGACUUCAUUUGUUUUCAAUCUACUCUUCUCUAGUCACUGUAAGUCCAGAUGCAAUAAUUUUCAUUUGUGUUGGUGAUCACUUCUGCGCUACACGCAAGAGACUCUAUAUAUGAAAUGCACUAAUGAAGAGAGCAAAGCUAAAAGUCACACUGCCCCACAGCGAAGCUAUCGACGGCUGUGUCACGAUCAAUACACUACACUGCCCUGCAAACUGAACAGAGACACGCCUGUCACGCUACCGUUGCCUUACUCAGCUCUGUCUAUGUGUUGAAAUGACCGCUUCCCAGCUACUGUGCUGUCCUGUUAUUGAAAAGACAUGAAAAAAAAAAAAAAAAAAAAAAGCAAACAGACGCGUCGAUGGGCACUGCAUCGGUCUUUAUCUGUGAAAAUUAUUGUGCUGCUUUCUGUACACUUGGAGAUGUUUUAAGCUGUAAUCGUAUCAAACAUGGCGAAAGAAAACAAAAAAACAGAACCAAUUUGGUCCCGAGACACUGACAGAGUGAGAUGUUCUGCUAGCUAGAGAGCCAAAUGAGGAGGCCUUUGCUCCUCUUGUGUUUCUACAAACAUACCAUCACUACAUGAAUCCCAACCAAGCUGCGUCCUUGUCAAGCUGCUAAGAGCUACGAACGGUGCUAUACCAUCCAAAGUGAAACUGGAGCUCGAGCUCCUACCAGCAGUGUAUGCACUUGUGUCGAAUGUUGCAAACAUUUACUUUGGUUUGAGGUUAGUGGAAUCUGGACUUACGGUGUUCUGAUCACUUUUAUGAACUAGUCUUGAUCAUGAAGCACUGUUGUAUCAUCAUUUCUACACUUCUGAAUCUUUACAGAAUAAACUGAAUACUCACCGAGGGACGGUGUUCUCACUCUGUCUUCUGCACAGAAUUCACCACCUAUCAAUUAUUCCACGGUCACGCUUAUCCACAGGGGGCACGAGGUGCGAGGUGCGAGUACUCCGUAGAUGAACUGAAAGGAAUUCCAUAGUCAAAUUUAAAGAAUUUUCAAGCAGCAUGAGCUUUGGGUCAUGACAGAGAGAGCAAGGUCCCGGAUACAAGCGCCUGAAAUGGGUUUUCUCUGAAGUGCGGCAGGCGUCUCCCUUAGAGAUAGGGUGAGAAGUUCUGUCACUCGGGAGAGGCUCGGAGUAGAGCCGCUGCUUCUCCACAUUGAGAGGAGUCAGCUGAGGUGAUUCAGGCAUCUCAUCAGGAGGCCCUCUGGACGCCUGCCUCUGGAGGUGUUCCAGACAUGUCCAGCUGGGAGGAGACCGAGGGGUCCACCCAGGAGCAGGUGGAGAGAUUAUAUCUCUACGCUGGCCUCCAGUCGGAGCUGGUGGAUAUCGCUCGGGAGAAGGCCGUUUGGCGUGACCUCCUGAAGCUGCUGCCCCCGCGACCCGGCAACGGAAAAGUGGGCAACGAUGGAUGGCAUUUCCUUUGUUAUCGUGGGCUUAUUUUCCCUCCGCAACUCUUCCUCCAACUUCGGUUUUACUUCCUCGGAAUAUAAAAUAUAAAUCAUGUCUUAAAUGUGGUCGGUUUUAUUUUUAACUAUGACUCAUGGCUUUGGAUUUCAUGUCCGUAUUUCCGCAACUGGCAUAUUGAAAUGCUGAAAAUUAUAUAUUCUUUAAAAUAAAAAAAAAGAAUCCCAAUCAGAUUUGUUUUAACUGCAAUAAAAAUGUUUUUACUUGGUAAACACAUCUUAAAAAUUCAACCAUUUACUUUAUUCAUUGGACUGAAACAACUAAAUCGUAACUUUUAUGACUCAACCCUUGCUUUUGUAUGAUACCUUUCCAUUGGUACACUGCGUUUUUGGCCGCUGUAAAAUAAAUAUCGCUUUAAUAUCGUGUCAACAAUCGUUAAAUUAAAAGUCCACAUGACGUUAGUCUUGACAAAAAUAAUGCAUACAGUGACAAUUCAGGUGACUCUCGCACACACCACCGUCUUCUCCCCCUGGUAUAUUUACAUUUAUAUCGAGGGAUUCCGCUCCACUCUCAGCUGGCGGCUCAGUAUCCUGGACUCUGAUUGGCUGAGCGAAACAUCGUCAUCCCUCCUGUACGAGACUUUUGUCAGUUUGCUUCAGCUUAGCACUUGAUACCGGCUAUAUUUUUAGGUUUUCCUUCAAGUCUUUAUCGACUUUCCGCCUUGCUUUCGCUUACAUUGACAGCGUGCGCUGGAGUCCAACAAGACGUCAGUCGAGGAGAAAUGGUACAUGAGACUUUCGCAACUGCCGCCGCUGGACAAGAUAUAAAAUACUGUGAGAAACGCGCUCAGUUGCUCGACAGAACUUAGUUUCGACCAGGCAGUGAAGAAUCAAUCCAUCUUCCAGGAAGCUGCGAGUUUUUCUCCUCAGGGUUUCUAGCAUGGAUUUGUAAAGACUAUUGAAGACCGCCAUCUUGUGGCGAAGGAGAAUCACUGCGCCUUGUUUUUGAGAGACCUGCGACUGUGCUGCAAGUCGACUUCGCCUCUUCCAUCUCCUGCCCACAUAUGUGGACGUGACAGGUUUGACUUUCACUGGCCAAUUUUGAGGCUGAAUCCAUUGUAACAUACAAGCUGACAUUUUAGUCACUGUAGCAUUUAGAUUAACAGUCUACAAACAAGGGCAUAUUUUGCAGAAAAAGGAGCCUUUCCUUGGCAAACAAAGUCUUUCCUUUUGAGGUGAAUUCCUAUCCCAAAUAUCAAACUGAAGCACUCAGGUUUACAUCUCAAAGAUUGACCGAGUCCUUGCCAGUGUUAAUACACGCUUCCUUGAGAGGAUCGACAUGUUUGGAAAAUGACAAGGAGGCAGACUGAGAAAGUCGACAGUGAAAACGGCGUCUAAUAAAUAGCCAGCUUUGACAAGAUGGCGGCUGCAGAUCUGACCUCACCUGACCCCAGAAGCCAAACAUAUUAACCACGAUAGCGACGAGAAGAACCGAACCUGGGGCGAUGUAUAUAUAUAGUUCAUGUAGGAUUUUAUUCAUUUA